AUGCGCCACCUCAUCUCCAGCCUGCAGAACCACAACCACCAGCUCAAGGGUGACGUCCAGCGCUACAAGCGGAAGCUGCGCGAGGCGCAGGCCGACAUCGCCAAGGUUCCUGGGGAGUUCCUGGGGGUUCCGGGGGGUCCCUGGAGGAUCCUGGGGGCUCCUGAAGAUUCUGGGAGGUUCCUGGGGGUCCUGGAGGUUCCUGGGAUUUCUUGGGGAUCCUGGGGGUUCCAGGAGGUUCCUGGAGGUUCCUGGCGGUCCCAGGAGGAGCUGUCGCGGCUGCGCCGGAAGCUGGAGAAGCAGCGCAAGGUGGAGGUUUACGCCGACGCCGACCAGAUCCUGCAGGAGGAGAUCAAGGAGUACCGGGCGCGGCUCACGUGCCCCUGCUGCAACGCGCGCAAGAAGGACGCCGUCCUCACCAAGUGCUUCCACGUGUUCUGCUUCGAGUGCGUGCGCGGCCGCUACGAGAGCCGCCAGCGCAAGUGCCCCAAGUGCAACGCGGCCUUCGGCGCGCACGACUUCCACCGCGUCUACAUCAGCUGA